GAUCGAUUGACGAGAAUUAGAUUGGAUCCCUUCAUUAUCAUGGGUAAUUCGGAUCGCCUCUUAGGAGGCUUAAUGCUCUUCGCUUCCGCUAGCAUCUUCACUUAUUAUACCCUUUGGACUUUAGCAACACCUUUCUUUGAACCUGAUUCAGCUAUUCAAAAAUACUUUCCUGAUCGAGAAUGGGCCGUAAGGAUUCCGGCUGUGGCUUUGUUAUUCUUUAUGGCUGUUAUUGCAGGUUUGGUAUCUCUUGUUUUGAUCAAACAAGCUCGAAAAGAACAGCAAAAGGAUUCGAAAAGAACCUAGACAUGCUCCAAAUUUUCAGCAAGACCUAACAUUAGAGAUCAGCCAGGCACGCAUGUACACAUAUAUGUACGAAUAGAAAAUUCAUUAGGAAGACAUCAUGAUCCGAGCACAAUCGAAGUGAAAAGAAUAAACAAAGACAAUUUCAGCCAGAAAAAGUUUUCCAGCUUCAAUACUGUGAUCUGACACGCGUUUAUCGCUCGCAAAAUAGUCAAAUAGGCUUCCAUCCUGAAUGUUAGACACUUAAUCUUACAAAAGAAGACUACUAUUGACCUCAGUGGUAAAAUUAUCCCGAAGAAAGAAUAGCUAGUUCUGGUGUUAAAAACACAUCAUUGUUAAACAUGAG